GCCAUUUUGACAUCUGAUUUGAGUAUUCUUCUCAAUUUUCUCUACUAUUCAAACUGUUAAUGAGAUUAAGCUUUUCUAUGAAUUACCGAAAUGCCUGGAGGGCGUCGAGGACCAGGUAGACCACAAUUAAGUCGCACAAUGCCACCGCCCUUGCAUACGAUAGGAGGUUCCCAAAGCGCUACGCUUCGACAGAGGAAUGGUCCUAACACAGUUGUUGGUACAACACCGGUGACAACAACAUUGAUCACAAUUACGCCAAUAAAACAUCAACAAAUACCAGACUUGCCGAUGGAUAACAACUUAAUAUUUGAAGUAACAGUCUUCUUCUAUUUAGUGAUGGCAUUGUUUCUUCAAUAUAUCAACAUCUAUAGAACUGUCUGGUGGCUUCCACAUUCUCCUGCAACAACUGCCUUGAAUUUUUACUUGAUUGAUGUCCACCUGGUGGUCUUCAUAAUAGUGUUGUUGACAAGAAGACUGGUUUGGAAAAUGAUUCGAGAGUUUUACAGUUCUCUUGAUGUUAAAGCAGUAUUAUUUUGGGUAGCACAAGUACUCAAGUGUGUUGUGUUAGUUUUAUUACUUGGAACACUAAUAUGGACAAUGGUACAUAUGUUUUUAAACAACUCUGUUCUCAACUUAUUGUUUUUGGCUUAUCCGUUAGUAUCUUACUUCUUACUGUAUGGUUCUACUUUAGAACCAGAUAAGGCUAACACUGAAGAAUUACAUCAAUUCAACACAGCUGUUCUACCACAUCAUAAAUGCACAUUGUCUCCAGACGCCAUCAGACAUGAAGUAGACCUCCUACGUUUUGAUUUUAAUGCCAAAAUUAAACAAGUUUUAUUUAAUUCUAUGGUUUGUGCAUAUUAUGUUGGAUUUGUACCAGUCUGUUUUGUGCAGAAUUCCUUGUACUUUGAUAUAUGGUGGUCAUGUCAACAUAUUGGUUUUGUCUGGUUGAACUCUUUUGUUAUGUUUACCACACACCUGAUGCCAUCCAAGUAUUGUGAUGUCCUGCAUCGAUGUGCAUUGCAUUUAGGAAAAUGGCAGAGAAUUGACCAUGGAUACAGUAACACACCACAGCAUGUUUGGUCUGAUAUGACUGUAUGGCCACAAGGUGUACUGGUACGAUAUAACAAAGGUUUAUAUAAAGCAAUGGGGCCACAAAAUGUUGCAUAUCCAGCUGACAGCUCACAUGCACGAUUUUAUUUUAUGUUCCAUAAGCCGUUAAGGCUUCUGAAUUGGUUGAUCAGCCUGCAACUGUCACUCAUAUUAUACCAGCUUUACUUACUGCUUAGGUCGUCUCAU